CUGAAGCCGUGUUCCAAUGAAAGCAGGUGGAAUUCCCCCUUUCAACCAAUGGCGCUCUGCCCUCGCAACAAUCUCUUCGAAAAGGAUGUGUGGGCUCGGCUAUGGCGCUGGCGUGAAGUUAUUGGAAACGGAAAGCCCAGGAAGCAGGAUUUUGGCACUACUACACCAGCUAAAGCUUAGGGCUACCAGCUUGAAUGGGAACAAGUGAGAAGAUCAUUCAUAUUUGGUCAAACGUACACCUUGGGAAGCCACUUCGGCGACGUCGGAUUGAAGAUAGUGAUUUCUACAAAAGUUGCUCUGUCAAAAGCACGUAUGAGAAAUAAGAGUGACCUCGGGCUAACAAACGGCAUGGAUCGCAAGAGUUAGACUGAGUUCUGACUCCCCUCGAGCUGUUUGUUUUUUCAACUCUGGAGAAGGACGUAAAACCGUCACCAUGCCAGCCAAAACAAAAUACAAUUUGGUCGAUGAUGGACACGAUUUGCGGAUUCCUUUACAUAACGAGGAAGCAUUCCAACAUGGGAUUAAUUUCGAAGCAAAGUAUAUCGGUAGUCUGGAUGUGGCUCGACCCAAUAGCCGUGUGGAGAUUGUUGCGGCCAUGAGGAGGAUAAGGUAUGAAUUUAAAGUGAAGAAUAUCAAAAAGAAGAAAGUCAACAUUAUCGUGUCCGUGGACGGAGUGAAAGUAGCGCUGCGGAAAAAGAAAAAGAAAAAAGAAUGGACCUGGGAUGAAAGCAAGAUGAUGGUGAUGCAAGACCCAAUAUACAGGAUUUUCUACGUAUCGCACGACUCUCAAGAUUUGAAGAUCUUCAGUUACAUAGCAAGAGAUGGCCAGAGCAAUGUGUUUCGAUGUAACGUCUUUAAAUCGAAGAAAAAGAGCCAAGCCAUGCGGAUAGUGCGGACAGUGGGUCAGGCUUUUGAGGUCUGUCACAAACUUAGCCUCCAGCACACCCAGCAAAACGCAGAUGGCCAGGAAGACGGUGACGGUGACGCUGACAAGACAUGCACAGAUUCUGGAGUGCCUGGGCGGGAGCUCACAGGGGCUGAAAAGCCAACUGCAGACGAAACAGACAUUGAUGCAGAGGAGCUUCCCCUCCCCGACAGCACAAUGGACGAGUUCAGUCGCGGAGUCACUGACCUGGAUGCUGCCAAGAAAGAGGAAGAUGUCACCAAGGACAUAAAGCCCUCUGAGGAGUCCAACAUCCUGCUGGCUUCCCCCAAGCUGCUGCUUCCUUCAAGCAGUCAGCUCCCAGCCAGCACUCCCCUGUCGGUGCACCACCAGCUCCAGCUGCUCCAGCAGCAGCUCACCCAGCAGCAGCAGCAGACACAGGUGGCCGUAGCCCAGGUUCAUCUGCUGAAGGAUCAGCUCUCCGCAGAAGCUGCGGCAAGGAUUGAGGCCCAGGCUCGAGUUCACCAGCUACUGUUGCAGAAUAAGGACCUACUGCAGCAUAUUUCUCUACUGGUCAAACAGGUUCAGGAGCUGGAGCUCAAGCUGGCUGGACAUGGCUCUAUGGGAUCUCAAGACAGUCUCCUUGAAAUCACUUUCCGUGCUAACGUGCCCCCAGUCCUAUGCGACCCCACCACCCCAAGACCAGAGGACGCCAUCCUUCCUCAACUGAACGAUGGGACACCGCUCUCCCUGCCGCUGGGCAGUCCAAUAGGUAGGGACCAGUGCUUGAUCAAGUUUGAGUGUUUCCGCUUUCUCCCUGGACCACCCCAACAGGAUGAGAGCCCUGACACGCCAUCCCAAGGCGUCUCGCCCUCAUCACGAGAUGAGAUUUUGAGUAGCCUCGAGCUGCUAAAGUUCCGCGAGUCGGGAAUCGCUUCCGAGUACGAGUCAAACACAGAUGAGAGUGAUGAAAGCUGGGGACAGCAGGACGAGAGCACCCUGCGUCUGCUCAAUGUGCUUAACAAACACGGCCCCUCUGACUGCUUGGAGGACGAAAUUGCUGUUUAAUGUGAUUUUGUGCACAUGGCUUAGAAAAACACUGCUUGAUGUUCUGCUUAAACGGUUCAAGUCAAUGAAUGUCAAAAUUGUCAAACCAUCUACUGCUGUUUGUACUGCUGAUGAUUCUGGGAGACCAAGGUGACUUCAACCAUUUGGUGGCUGUUUUGUUUGUUACCUUUUAUGUAAUAUAUUGAAGAGCAAACAGUCCCAAAGCAUAGUAAAUGCUGUUGUCUUCAUUUUGAAGUUUAGGGACACACAUCAGAUGUCAGAUUCUUGUAUCUCUAAUGGAACGUUCACACAGUCAGCGAUUUGUGACACUUCAGUGUUGUUGGUGUACUGUGCAACUGACCAUCACAAGUGGGAUAUACAGUAAGAUUCACUCUAAUUUGAAUUAAUUUAGGAAUCUGUUUUCUUGACACUAAAAGUUGACAUUCUUUGUAUAAAUUGGAGCAGUGCAUAAUGCAUAAUAUGAAUAAGAUGGAUCGUUGUUGACAUGUUUUUUUAGUAACACUUCACAAGUUCAGUUAGUUAAUUCAUUAGGUAUUAUGAACUAACAACUAAUGCUUUUCAUUAUUUUCAGCAAUAUUAAUUUGCAUUUGACAUUUCAACAUUAAUGUCAUGAAUUUAAUUAAAGUGCCCCUAUUAUGCCAUUUUUAAGGUUCCUAAUAUUGUUUUGGGAGUCUCCUACAACAGGUUUACAUGCAUGCAAGGUCAAAAAACACUUUCAUUUUCUAAUAAUAUACAUUUAAUAUCAAUGUAUAUUACUCUAAACUCUAAACCUCUCAUUUCCAUCAGUCUACACUGCUCUGAUUGGUCAGAUGGCCCAGUCUGUUGUGAUUGGUCUACUGUGUACAGUGCAUGUCGGAAAUGAAAUGCCCAUUGCCAUAACUGAAUUACAGCUCUGGAGGCUUAUCAUUUCCAAAGACUAUAGAUAUAGAAAGACCGUUCACUCCUAUUAGUUAUGAAUGGGAGAAACUGUAACGCGCAAUAUGGCGGAAUACGUCUAGCCUUCUAAGUAAAAGAGCCAAUCGCUGAUUGAUAAAGUCAUUGCAUCACUGCAGCUGCCGUUAGAAGUUCCGGUUCCCAUAGAAACCUGAGACUCAUGAUUAGGACUGCACAUUGGCUAGUCUAGCCUGAAAAAUAAGCUUUUUUAAUACUACUUGAGAACAACAUUUAUGGGACAGUUCAUGUCAGAUUUUGUUGCUGAUUUGAAAUAUGUUAUUUAAUUGUGAGUUCGCCAAGCAGUUUUUAAGAUUUCAGGAUUCCCGCAUUCAAAUAGAUAGGACUUGGUCUUGGAUGCCUGAAAUAGCUGCCCGGAGGCGUUGCAAAUAUGGCCCCUUUGUCAGUUCUCAAGAGAAUGUGUACAAUGUAUGGACAGAAAAGAUGGCAUCGAUUUACUUAUCAAUUCGAGCCUGAGUCCGACAAUAAAACUCUGAUCGUAAGCACGACUGAAGCAGGACGUUUCUCAGUGUUAGUGGUAUGUUAUAAGACAUUAAUCGACAUAUUUUUAGACAAUAGUGGGCCCACAGCUGAUUAGCAGAACCACAACGUGACCUACAGCUGCAGUGUACACAACAUAACAGAAAACUAUGUAUUUUGAACAAUCGAAAUGUAAACAUCAAUUAUUAACCAUACUUACAGGUUGUGAUUCAGAGGAGCAAGCUGGUCCAAAUAAACUGGGUACUGAAACAUCUUUCAAGAGCAAGUGUUUAGCGAAUCCCGCGUUGAACUACCCAAGAUUUGAGAAGCAGUCAUCAGUAAAAUGACGGGAGCACAACAAAAGAUUGGGAUUGUACUGCUGUGGUAUCGUUGAAAAAAUCUAUUUUAACCACUGAUUCUUAGCAGCCUCAUCAUUCAGAAGUGAAAAUAAAACAAAUUUACUUUCACAGCAUAGAACACAGCAUCUUCUUGACAUGAUGUUGACCACACAAAAAAGCUGCAGCGUUUGAGGAUGGGUCAAGUUGUUUGCGGGCGGACAAUGUAGAACUUAGGCAGGCAAUAGGCAAAUGUGUUACCCGGUGACAUGUACCCAUCACGGAAGUGGGAUUAGAAUUCCUGACGACUCGUUUAGGCUGUUCAGAGCAAAAUCCCUUUAAGACAAGUCAUUUCACUCGGCGGCCAUCUUUGAAACACCUCUCGGGCAUGCAAGUGUAGCUCCUAUCUCUUUGAAUGAAAUCUGACAACAACUGUCCAUCAAUUUUGUUUCUGAACGCUUGAAUCAUGACAAAAAAAGGCAUUUUUUUCAGGCUGGAUCAAGCUAAUGCUAAUGCAGUCCUAACUGCGCGUCUCUAUAGGAAGUGCGCAUCUGACUGUUUCUAUAGGAACCGGAGCUUCUAACGGCCGCUGCAGUGACGCAAUGACUUUACCAAUCGGCGAUUGGCUAUUCGAAAAAGCAUAAUUGGGGCACUUUAACAAUGAAUAAAAUAUAUUAUUUUUUAAGAACAAUAUUUGAAUGGUUUAUAUAAAAAUUAACAAGUUUAACAUUAUUCUAAAGUCUUAACAUUUUAUAUCUAUGGCAAGUGACAAAUCUAGAGAAGAUGAAUAUAGAAAAGUUAAAUCUCUCACAGAAGGUGGAUCAUGUCAAACAUUUUCACUCCUAUUGGUAGAUGCCACAAAACAUUGAUACUCAUUUGCAUAAAGUUAUAAACUUUGUUGCAUCCCUGAAACACCCACCUUCCAUUGCCACCAGUGGCUGUGUCAUUGUGAAUCGCUGUACGUGUGUUGACGUUCCUUUUAGAGUCCGCGAAGCAAUUGCUGGUUAUUCCCAAAUAAGUAAUUGUUUUCAACUACAAGAGAUACAGUACAUCUAUAUGAAAUUAAAUUUAGAACAAAUUUUAUACAUCAGCCUGUGAUAUUCUCUAUAUCUAUAACAUCAGUUGUACAGUUGCAGGUUUGUUUCUGGGCAGUAUUAGGCAUGUAUGCACUGAUAUGCUCAGCCACUUAGAUCACCUUUCAUCAGAAGUGCUCAGAAAAAAGACAAUUACCCAGCAACAUCUGUUUUAGCAUGCACGACAGAACAGACUCUUAAUUGAAUGACUGUGGACUGAGGACGCUAAGCUAAUUAUACCCUAAGGGUAACGAGGCGUCUAAACCGGUCAGAUCUUUACCAACAAGAACCCCAAUUAAUGUGUCAGAAUUUUCACAACCCACGUCUUUUGUUCAUUAUUUUCAUACUCAGAAGAGCUCAUUGUGUCUGACUGCCUCACGUAUGAAUUUUUGUACACCAUUUGCUUUCUUGCAUUCAGUUUCUUCUGUGCUUCUAAAAAGUGAUAUUUCAAUGUCUUACCUGUACCUCUCUGAUAAACUACUCGCUUCUUUAACCUCUGUUUCUAUUUUCUUGUUUUUCCCUCUCCCUCUCUCCAUUUCUCUCUGUGUGCCCAGUGUCAUUUAGAGCUAGACAAGUGCACACAAUUAGCUUGGUAAUAAUAGGGUGGUAAGCAAGUCUUCCCACACAUACAGGACAUUGAAAGCAUUUCUGUUGUUGGUUUAGUCUUAAAUGUCUGUAUUUUCCUUCAUUUAUGCACUAUGCAAUAUAUUUUUUCUUUAUACAAAACAAAAGUUAUUUACCAUCUUUAAAUCUCCUCUAGGCUUUUAACAAAAUCUUCCCACAGUUUCUUCGCUGCAUCUCUAAUGAGGGAUUCAUGACCAGUCGUGUUGUCUCGCAGCAGGUCUGGAGGCCAAGACCCAGCUGUGAGCUGUGGUCUAAAUCUGAACACAAGAAGACUGGUGUUUUUUUUAUCUGAUUUCUCCUCCUUCAAGGACACAGUACAUUUGUAUUAGUGGUGUUUGCUUAAGGCGCCAGCAUCACUGUUACUGUUAUGCACAAGUUAGGGAUUUGAGCAAGUCAAAAUAAGUAUUAUUAAUGCAUAAAUCAUCCCACAUAGUUUUUGUUACAGGGCAUGAUUGAUAACUCAAAUCAUGCAGCUUUUUGAGGAGAAGUGUGCUGUUACUUUUCUCACCAGUCGGAUGAUUUUUGCAAGGUGAACGAUAAAAUUAGUGAAGAAAUCCCAUAGAAUUACAUUGAAGUCAUGUCUAUAGUUCAUAAUAUCAAUGCUCGUUUCCGGUCACUUGGAGUGGGCACACAGUGACAAAGCCGAUUGUAGUCUGAUUAAUGUCUAUAGAUGCUGGAUGAAGCUGAUCUAUCUACAAUACAUUUUAAUUUUCUAGGUAUAACUUUGCAAAAACCAAACUGUCAGACUAAAGCUUUUUUACAUUACCUUUUUUUGAAAAAUGUAAUGUAAAAAUUUUUGAAUUCACCCUAUUUUCUAAAUGCAUGUUAUUGAGCUUGUGAACAAAUCAUCCAUGCGUAUGUUUCUUUUUUCGGAGUGCCUAUUUUCACUAAGUGCAAACAGAGUCCCUUGUUGGCAACCGCUAUUUACACUAGCUCCACCCACCAAUGUCUGGUUGGGCCCCUAAAAAACGCACAAAAUUUAACAUCUUCAGUGGCACAGCAGUAGCGUGUAAGGCUCGCAGGUCUGACUUUUACCAUGAUCGACGUGGGUUCGAAUCUGCCUUUUGCCGAGCUCGCUCUUCUCCAUUUUCCCAUCACAUAUCACAUCAGAAAGGCAUUUAUUUUCAAUAAAAAUGAAAAUAAUGUGGAAAUAAACUGCCUAACGAGUGUUUGAUAGUAUUAAAAGUAUUUAUUGGGUAGGGUUAGGGAAAGGUGUAAGGGAGGGUUUUUAUUUUCCCAAUAAGGCAGCAUCCAUUUAAUAAUUUUAAUAAAUUUAAUCAUUUACACUCUAUGAUAUUAGUGGUGUAAAUAGCAUCUAUCGCUAUUUGCACUUAGUGUAAAUAGCAUCUAUUUCUAUUUGCAAAUAGCCGCUGCCUUUUCUUUUUCUUUUUUUCGGAAUUUAAUCAAAAUAUCAUAACUCGAUUUUCUGACUCCUUUUUGGUGACAUAUGCCAUACUUCUCCAAUCAUUUAGUCACCCCCCCCCCCCCCUUUUUUUUUUUUUUUUUAAUUAAAACAAUCGACUGCAGCCCUGUCCAAAAUGGCACACUGCAAUGUGCAAUUGCGAUCUUGUGGACUUACAAUGGCUGCCGCGUACGUGUCUGCUAAGUCCAAAAGACCGUAAGGUGUCCUAUUUGUCCCUGUUUCAGAAGGGUGCUCGAGCGCCCUCUUUGCGGUCGAUAUGCGCCCUUGAUUCACACUUUUCCAGAGUCUGCACUGAAGCGAGCUCCACAGCAGAUUUCUACCUGACAGUCAAAGCGCCAUUACGUCACAAAAGUGGGCUCAGAGGAAGAUCGCUAGGGCUUAGGGUGCCAUUUGGGACAGGGCCUGCAAGUGCACAUUCAGCUGAUCUUCCUCCAUUUAAUCAACAACCUAUUAAUAGAACCGAUUGUUAAUUCCCGCCCUAUAUUUUUUUUGAUAGUCUGUUCACUCAAAUGUAUGUCACAAUAUGAAAAACGGUCUGAUGCUGCUUCAGUUUCAUUUAGUUUCAUUCAGCACAUUUACAUGCACACCGAUACGUUUAUAAUUCCCAAAAAUCAGCCUCUUGAAAUAACCUGUUGUCCUGAUUUACAUGUAAACCAAUAGCCCUACAACGCAAGUAAACUGCGUUUACAAGAUUUAUUAAUAAAUCAGGUUAUUUCCUGAUAGUGGGCUCAAAACAUGAUCAUUCGUGUAUCUGACUCAAGAGUAUUUCAUAUGCUAUGUCGGUUGUGAUGUUAAAUAAAGCAUUAAAAUAUUCCAACAUGUCAGCAGGAAAUGUAUGCACUCAUAUAUUAUACUCUCAUGCAGCAUUUUGACUAAACACUUCAGCUACAUGAGAUGAGAGCACAUUUUCAUCAUUUUUUGAGUCAAGAGUCUGAAUUUGCGAUAAAUAUUUCCUCGAAAGACUCACGCUGUCUUGAUGUGCUUAAAUCUGCUGUAAGGAUGCUUUUCUGUCAUAUAUCACACAUGCGCACUUCAAUAAGCCGGCAGAACGCAGCUAAAUGUGUUUACAUGCCGGGAGAAAUCAGGGUAAGGUGCAAAAAUCUAGCUGUGUCAAUCAGUUGUUAAUGGCUUAAGCCAUUUAUGGCCUUACUCUGAUAAAGGAAAACAAGUUAACGUGUUUACAUGACCAAAUGCAUUGUCGACUUAUUAAGCAUAAUUGGGUUAAGAACGUGUAUGUAAACGUGUUCACUGUGACUUUAAAGUUUGUGUGAGCGCAUUUAUAGAACCUUAGUGUUGGGCUCUUUUGAUUGGAAAAAUAAUUUGCUUAGAUCUGCCCACAAAGCCCUAGCAACUCCAUAGAAAUGCUGUGGAAAGCAUUUAAAACACAAACAAUUUGGCAUUACGUUUUUACACGAGCAUACUCUACUAAAAAAAAGUCUUUUAUUUGAUACUGGUGCCUGAGGAAACAUUGCUAAUUAUUUAAUAUUAAUUAUUUUUGCCAUUGAUCUUGUCCUUGAAUCCUAGACAGUUAGUUUUUGAGAAAAGAAAAAAAAAAAGUCAAUGAUUAUUCCACACAAAACAGCCUUUAGUGUCACGAAUAAGCCAUCACUUGUCCCUCCUGUGGGUUUUCAAAGUAUAUGACUCAUUUCAAAGCUGUUAAAAAUGAGCUCUGUCAUUUUUAACAGCUUUGUAGUGCCACUGCAUGACUGUGUAACUGUUCAUUCAAUGUCAGAGUCAUUGUCAGUGAAUGUUCAGUGACUUGCAUUAAGUUGAAUUACUGGAUCAAGGUGUUCUUUAGCUUUUAAAAAUGGUUAUACAAAUUGGCAUCACUUUAGCAGCCACCUCUAAGUGUACACUUUAGGUUAAAUGUGAAUAUUACAGUUGAUUGACUUUCCUAGUUAAGUUGAGGUUCAGUCGUUCUGCGAUUCCAAGAAUCGCUGGCACACAAAUCGAACCACUUCAGAUGCCAUAUGCAAGCACAGCUGCUUCAAGAAAUAGAAAUAACCACUAAAAUGUGUGGAGCUGAGUGCAGAGAACACCAUCUGAAUCGCUGUGUAAUUUAACGGAUGCUCUGGAGCGUCGCUGUCUCAUCUUUGCACGCUCAGGGAAACGAGCGGCUGUUGGAUUGAUCCUUCUCCCUGCGGCGUAAUUGAAAUUGCAUAACAAUAUCACAUCUCAUUUUAGUACAGCUGCCGCUUCUGAGAGAAGCUGUUGAAAACUCGGGGGCCUCUGAAUUAGGCGCUCAAGCCCGGGCCAACCUGCUCACUUUGUAGAGGAGGCUUUUGAGAACAUUCUUUCUCCUGAAGUUUGUAAGGUACUUUAGUUUAAAGUGUUCAGCUCCAUCUAUUGUAGAGACCGUGAACUCUGAUUCUAUUUCCUUUCAGGAUUGCAAAAUUAGACAUUAAGACCUACAAGGAUACUCAAGGAGAUGUGAAAUGUGAAGUCCGGGGCCUAUUUUGAUUGUCGUAGCACUUGACUGGAAAAAAUCCUUUGUGUUAUAAAUUGAACUCCAAUACAGUUCAGUUGAUUUGAACUAAUUUAUGUCCCAAAAGAGUGACACACCAUGAAAUUAAAACUGCCCUUUAAAAUAAAAAAAAAACAAUUAAUUAGCUAUUUUUCACAGAAUGCACUGUUACGCACCUUUAGUCCAAUCUGGUUCCAAUGAUUUAUUCAAAGACGCAUGAGCGUCGAUCAAGUGGAUAAGCUGUCAUUAUCUCGUGUCACAGUCUACUUGCUCCAAAUCCCUCAUUUCAUCUGUGAUAAACUUGCAGAUAGUUGCAUUGCAUUCAUGUUUCUGCUUGACAUUGAUGUGGCAGAGUCUUUGAUUAAUUAUUGAUCUGAGAUUUGAAGUUGAAAGAAAAUGGGGGCAUUGUCUUCCAUUAUGUUCAGUGUUACUUUUUUUUUUUUUCUCUCCAGCAGCAUAACAUUGCCAUAAUAUCAUCCUCACAUCUAUAUUUUAUGUGUUUAGCGCUGUUUUUGGUCUCACCUUAAUUUUAACACUGUCCUGACAUAGUUUGAGAUUUAUCGUCUUUCAAAAAUCCAUUUUUUGCCAAUUCAUUUUUUAAAGUGCUGGUGUAGCUUCCAGCUCCCUACUUAACAUACAAAUAGCUAUUGACCAGGAGGGUUUCCAUGCCAUUUAUGGUUUUUGGUGGGGCUGCUUUUGUUGCUCUUUUGAGGUUUUAUUAAUUUAUUUCCUUUCUACCCUUAUAUGCUCUAUAGUAUAUCUACAGUACCAAGGAGACUAGUCAGCCAGCAGUGCUGUUCAACAGAGAUAAAGGUAAUGGAUAGUCCUAACAGUGCAGUUUACUUGUAGAGUUCUCUGCCCUUUUUAUUAAGGAGUCCUGAGAUUGAUGCUUUUAUUCUGGACCGCUGGGCCAUUAUAGUGCUCCACUUCGUUUGUGUUAAUGAUGGAGUUGAUAACAGGGAGUCAGAUGGUUUAAAUGCUUUCAGACCCUCUCAUCAUGUGUUAUCCAGGGCUAACUUGUUUUUCCCCAUCCCCCUGCCCUUGUGUUUAAAGAUUCAUGUUAGAAAGGGGGUUCAAAUGAAAUAUUGAUGUUUGACCCAUCUUCUGCUGACCUGAACAUCUGCUAGGUCAACCAAGUUGGAGAUAAUGGGUUAAAAUGCUUUAUUUAUUCAAUGUUAUUCCCCAAGUGUUGAAGCUGGUAGUGUUUUGGCUGGGGUCUAAAUAUAUUUGCUCUUUGCUCAUCAGUUCAUUUUUUAUUUUUUACUAAAUGAUGUAGUUCAUUAUAAAAUCUGGUCAAUUUUCGGUUUCAUUAUUUUUGUAUGUUUCAUAAAUUCAGGGGUCUUGAUCAUCAGGGUUCCCCCGGUAAUGGAAAACCUUGAAAUAUGUCUUCAGGCCUGUAGAAGUCAUGGAAAUUAAAAAUUAAACAAAUAAUAAAUUAAUAAUAAAUAAAAUUAAUAAUGCACAGAUGAAAUAUAUUCUGCAAAUUUAGAAAGUACAAUUCUAAUAAAAAAUGUAUUGUAUUAUAUCAUGAUAGAUAGAUAGAUAGAUAGAUAGAUAGAUAGAUAGAUAAUUUCCUUUAAAAAAAGAUAUCAGUAAAUAUAUUAAAUAUAGGAUAUGUCUUUUCCAAGACUUUAAAAAUAUUAUAAACUAAAAUAUAUAAUCUGGUAAAAACAUUACAAUUAAAAUUCUUAAAAUUCUUAGUCCCCCUGUAGUCAAUAAUUUAAUCCCUACUCAUCUUUGAUCACCAAAAUUACAUAAUUAAAAGUUUUUUCCUGUGAAAAAAAAUUCUUCAUGCCUUAAAAUAGCUUGAAUGUGACUCUAUACCCUUGUCUCAUUUAGUAUACGCGGAUCUAUGAAUAUGCUAAUUAGCCCCACCUCCACUCGCUCACACAAGCUCAGAGAUCCACUUGGUCAACUUACCGAGGUAAACGCUGCACAAUGGUAUCGCUUUUUACAAUGUUGGACACAUAACGGUAAUUAAUAUGAUUAGCCUUUUGCUUGUUAUCAAACAGCUAAUAAUGUGUUGCUAAUGUUACACAAACCAUGUUCCCGUUCGCGACAACUGUCUUCUAAAAAUCAGUAUACUUAGAAACGCUUUGAACACCUUAGAACGUCAGUGGAGAAAGGCAUAUAGUUCAUCGUAAUAUACAUCAUAUACAUAAUUCACUCGCUAUAUUGCUUAAUGUACCCGAUUUUUCAUAUCAACAGGAAAAUAUACCGGGAUAACCUUCUCUUGAGACUCUCCUGCUUCAGAUCAGUCAUAGUUAAUGAUAUGCUAAAGCCCGCCGGCACGCUGACAUGAUUGGUUACAAGGUACUUUGUAAUGUCAGAAACACCAGCGAUUUCAAAACACAUUUUUGAAACUGAGUUUAGACAGUCACUGCAAGUUUAAAGAGAAAAUACUUGGCAAUGUUGUUGACUUAUGAAUUAAAAUUAAAGCAUAUUUAAAAACACCACAUAGACAUAUAAACCACAUUUAAAAAUUUGAUUUUCACCACAAGGGGUCUUUAAAAUCCUUAUGCACUAAACUUGAACGACUGGAUAUAUCAUAGAAAUUCAUUGGUCAAAAAGAGUGGGAACCCUGUACCAUGCAGUGUGUGCAUGUGUGGGCUGGACACCCUUUGGUCCAGAGGUUUCCUGCUGGGACACAUCAGGAGCUCAUAAACCAGCCCAGAAUAGCAGCGUGUCAGACACCCUCCUAGCAUUUGCUGCUGUGGUGGAGCUUCACUGAGGUAUUUUAAACUGCUGCCGCGAGCUACAUGAUAAUGCCCAGCCCUGUGGAGAAGGAUCAAAACCGAUGAUCACUGCUUCACGCUCUAAUUUGAAAGCUGAUGAUUUGCUAUACAUCUUUCUCUCAUUCUCACUCAAAAUCUAGUCUCACAGACUCAUACUUGUGAUUUACAUCAUCAUAAAGUCUUAUUUUGCACUUAUUCUGGCCAAGAACUACCCACUUAGGACUUAGACUGUCUGACUAACAUGUAACCAACCAACCACAGAUUGCUUUUUAGAAAUAGAUAAGUCUGAACUGGAUGAUACCAGAUGAUAUGGCACUUUUUAAACAUGAUUUUGAUUCUCUAAAGUUGCUUUUCAAUCAGACAGUCUAAUUGAAGCUUUCGAUUUUCAUGUGUUUUCCAGUUUUGUGUGCAAUAUGCUUCAGACAGUCAGUGAAGAAACUGUGGGCAGUCUGUAGGCCGCCUGAGGCUGAUACUGCACAAACAUAGUAGAACUAGUCUGGGUAUUGUAACAUUACCAGAUGAAAUAACAUGUCAGCCAUUGAAGUGGAUAGUAAAUGAUCUCUUUCAGAUGUUAGAUGGCUUCAUACCUCAGAUCAAUAUGUGCAAUGAUACACUCAUAUGAAACCACAAACAAGUGGCUACUUUUCUCCUGCUCAUUUCUCUCCAGAGCUCAUUAUAGCAGCAUGUUGUGCUUGUUUAAGCCUCAUAGUAAAAUUAAUAGAUUACGUUUUGAGGAUAAAUCCUGUGAAUUACUUAAACUGGUCUUGUUACCCAGUGGUGUGCCUGGAAAAGAAAGGCAGACCCAUCACAAAUGGCAAGUUGUGUUUUUUUGUUUUGUUUUUUUUGUUGUUGUCAAUUUUUUUUCCCCUGAUUACCAUGACAACAACAUGCUGUUUUUGGCACACAAACUUCCCUCAUUCAUCUGUUUGCCUUGCCUGCAGAGCCAAGACACUGUCAGCAUCAAAAUAACUUCCCUUUGUCAAAUAUUUGUGAAGAAAAGCCUCUCUAGUCUCGUUUGUGGCCCCGUGUUUGUCGUCAACGAGAGACCGUCACAAGCUAAUGAGAAUUCUUACUCCUCCAUGAGCAAGUGUUGAAACUGUUUGAGUUUAACAAGCUGGAAAUAACUAUGCCACAUCAAA